CUCCACGCCUGUCUGUCCUGGGGUGCAGCCCCAGAGGAGCCAGCUGACUGUGCUGCGCCCCGAGAGCUGCACCAGGGGCCAUGGGGGUCCCUUCCGUCCUGUCACUCCCUGCUGCAGCGAGUGGCCAGGCUGGCUGUCCCCCUCGCUGUCCCUGGGGGCACUUGCUACUACUGUGCGCGGCUCUGCUAUUCCCGGCUCCUGCGGCCGGGACCCCUGGUCUCCCGAAGGCCGUGGUGAGCCUCCAGCCCCCGUGGCUCCAGGUGUUCCCCGGGGACAACGUGACUCUGAGCUGCCAGGGGGCCCACAGCCCUGGGGACAACUCCACCCAGUGGUUCAAGGAUGGGACCGCCAUCCCCACCCAGGUCCAGCCCAGCUACAGCUUCAAGGCCAGCAAAGUGGUUUCUGCCCAGUCAUUUCCCCUCGCACCCCCGCCGCCUUCGCUUCUAUGUGGUUCCUCGGAGUAUAAGGAGCAGAGCCUGAGUGGGAAGCUGCUGCAGGCAGGGCUGGGCGGGCUGCGCGAAGCCGGCUGUGGCCUGUGCGCGACUGGCCCGCCUGCCAAGCAGACAGGAGGGAAGGACCGGCUGCUGCAGCGAUGCGGCUCCAUCCGUCUCCGUGGAGAUUCCUGGACCAGGACGCGGAGGCAGGAGCGGCUGCUUUCUACAGGCGGCAGCUCUGACGUGUCUCCGGCUUCUCUGCUGUUAACAAUCUGUGGUUCUGAGCCUCCCGCUGGCCCCAACCGAAUCCUGAUGAACGAGGCCGCCCAUGAGGAGACUGAGGCCCAGAAGUUCAAUGACUUGUCCAAGAUGACAGUGCUCAUGAGUGAGGGGGCCAGAACGUCUGAUUCCAGACGUCAGCUCGUCCUUCCCCACAUCAUGUCCCACCAGCCGGGACUGAGAGGGCGUGCCUGGCAGGCACGUGGCUGUUGCCAUCCUCCGGCUCUCAGAGCUGCGGCAGCGCUGCCAUGUCCUGUGCUCUGUCUUCCAGCCUGGCUGCUGCUCCAGACGCCCCGCCUGCUGGUCCCGCAGGGGGCCCCCAUCGUGCUGCGCUGCCACAGCUGGAAGAACUGGCGCCUGCACAAGAUCCAGUUCUUCCAGGACGGGAGACCCAAGUGGUUUUCAUACACGAACGCCAGCUUCUCCAUCCCACACGCGAACGCCAGCCACAGUGGCGCGUACCACUGCUCAGGGCUCCUCGGGCAGAUGCAGCACACAUCGCAGCCCGUGAACAUCACCGUCCCAGUGUCCAGCCAAGCCUUCCCGCCUGUGAUCACGGCCGUGGUGGCCGGGGUGGCCGGCAUCAUCGCUGUGGCUGGUAUGGCUGGUGUGGUGGCCUGGUUCUGCUUCAGGCAACACCACAGUUCAGGAACCCCUGAGAACAGGGAAAGGGGAGAGACCCUACCCGAGGAACCAGCCAACAUCGCCAAUGACACUGACACAGCUGCCAAAGCAGAGGUGGAGAACACAAUCACCUACUCCCUCCUCCUGCACCCUGAAGCCCCUGAGGAAGACGCUGCGCCCUCGGAUUACCAGAACAUGUAGCUGUGGGGCCAGAGCCAAGCAGGCCCAUCUCUCUCCUGGCCGCACCCCCUCGGGCAGGCUGCCUGCCGUUCCGAAGAGGGGGGGCUCUUCCAGGGUCACCCGCAGAGAUCCUGGGCUCCCUGUACUGACAGCACAGCUGUGGCCCCUGAUGACAGCCACACUGAGCCCUGAGCCCCAGCACUUCUCGCCAUCACACGUCCUCUGUCCCACAUCCACGCAGACAAUAAAACUUGCUUUUAUUAAGAGAUUGUA